AUGUCCUACUACGACAGUCCCCAAUGGGCCGGCCCCAACAGCCAGCAGGGCAGCAGCAACUGGGAACACCAGGGUGCCACAACACCCACGCGCGCAGGUACACACCAUGCCAACAUCCGCGGUAGACUCGAACGAAGCGCUGACCAUGCAGGCGCCAGUGCUCCCCAGCCUCAAGACGACUACGCCUUUUCGUACCAGUUCGAUGAGGUUGACCGGGCCUACGAAAACCUCCAAAAGUCCGGCAAGGGCUUCAUGGCAGGUGGCCGCCGCAAGUUUUCGCCGAUGCACCACGGACCCGGUUCGGCUCGAAGCACGCCCGACUUCGAAGGACGCAUGUCAUCGCAUGGACCUGGCUCGCGCCCGCACUCGAACCACUUUGACGGUCCGCCUGGCCCGCCCGGCCGUGACUUGAACAACUUUUACGCGUCGCAGCGUCACCAGCCCUCGCGUGGCUCGAACGAGGCAGAACAGGUCAUGCAGGCGAAGCGUAGGAUGGCGGCGCAGCGUGAGCGUGAGCUGCGCAACCUGCACACGGAGCAGCAGUACCAACGAAAUGCAAUGACCGAUGCCUCGCCGGCUCCCAGUGCCAGUGUAGGCAACAGCAACAACAACAAUAGCAGCAGCAGCACUGGUAACAACACCAACACCAAUAACAACAACGCCAACCAGCAGCCGCAGCAGAAGCAAAUGUCAGAGGAGGAGACCCGUGAGCUGAUAGCUCGCCAGCGCAGCGCACUGUACGGCGAAGGACCAUUUGCCGACAAGAGCACAUAUGUCGACGAGAACGGACAGAUCCGCACAGGUGCUCCCGGCCCCAGCGGACCCGGCAGCCUGCGUGGCGCCUCUCCCUUUGACAACAACGGGCGCAUCGGCGACAUUGGCACGCCCGGCUCCGGGGCUGACCCCAAGUCGGCACCGGCGGACCCAAGCUCCCGUCCUUCCGGCACCGCCAGUCCCAACGCGCCCGGCCCUACCAACAGGGUGUUUGACAAUGCCGUCGGCCCUCAAAACCGCACCAGCACCUCGAGCCCGACUGGUGCCUCGCCUUCGCAUGAUCUCGCACCUGGCUCGAAGCCUUCUGUGGCGCCCAUAGGAACUCGCCCCUCUGGCACACCGACGAAUGCGCAGGGCAACCAGAACUCGCAAAACAACCGCUCCACCACACCUAUGGGCUCUUCUGGCGGCUGGGGACGUGGCGGCAGCAGUGUCUGGGGACAGUCCGGCCUGGGCACCCAGGCGAGCGUAUGGGGUUAA